CGUGGUUGUUUGCUUCUUCUUAGUUCUUAGUCCCCGAGUGAAGCUUAUCCAGAGCUGUUUUUAGCGUGAACAUGGAAACAUUUAUCAGCUGCGCAAGCUCGAGUUUGGUCUCCGUCUCCGUCUCCGUCUCCGUCAAGCCAACGAAAUUUCCCGCCUCCCUUGUCAAGUUCAAUUUAUGGAGAUUGAGGCGCUCAAAAAGAGAGCAUAACCGACCUACCGAUAAUUUUUUUAUGGUCAAGUCUUAUGGGUCGAUCAACAGCGGGUCUUCUGGCUCUCUUCCAGUUACACCUAACACUAUUUUCUUGGAAGAGGCCAUAGGAGCAGAAUAUGGAGAGGGCUUUGAGACGUUCAGAUCAGAUGGGUUACUCAAAGUUGAUGUUGAUUUUCUAAAUGAUAAGCUGCAAGAAGGUUUCCUGAAAAGAAUCCGUUAUGCAAUGAAGCCUGAUGAGGCUUAUGGAUUAAUUUUCUCUUGGGACAAUGUGGUGGCAGAUACUAAAUCUCUAAGGUGGAAUGCCUGGAAUCAACUUGCAAUUGAAGAAGGGAAGGAAAUUCCUGAAGAUAAAAAUGCUCAAACACUUUUGCUAAGUGCUGGUGUCGAUCAUGUACUAAACAAGGUUUUGCAAUGGGAAAUUGAAGAGAAUGAUUUAUGUAGAUUGAAGCUAAGGUUAUCACAGUUAUUUUGUGACAAUUUAGUUGAAUUUUCAAAACCAAUAGAAGGGCUGAAUGAAUGGCUUGAUGCUGUAUCUACGGCACGUAUUCCUUGUGCGGUUGUUUCAAGUCUCGACCGAAAAAAUGUGGUUGACGCCUUAGAACAUCUGCAACUCAUCAAAUAUUUUCAGGCUAUUGUGACUGAAGAAGAUGGCAUGGAAUCCAUAGCACACAGGUUUCUUUCUGCUGCAGUUAAGUUGGAUAGAAUGCCGUCAAAGUGUGUGGUGUUUGAAGAUGAUCCUAGAGGCAUAACAGCUGCUCACAACUGUACGAUGAUGGCUAUUGCACUUAUCGGUUCCCACCCAGCGUAUCGAUUGGGGCAGGCUGACCUUACAGUUGGUAGCUAUAAUGAGCUUUCCGUCAUUAAUCUCAGGAGACUAUUUGCACACAAAGGUUCCAACUUUAUGGACUUGCAGAAGCAAGUAGAGGAGAAGGCUCCUCCCAGAAGGAAGUUUACUAUUGACACCAUUUUGUGAUUAAAUUUAAGCAUCCCUUCCCUUCAUUUUUUGCAUCACAUUUACAUAGAAUAGCUGAGAAACUGAAAACCAGAAAGCAUGUAUAUCAGUAUAUGUAUACCAUCCAACACAUUCGUGCUAUUCUUGCAGGCACAUUUUUGUUGUAUAUAUUAGCUGCUAAUGUGAAACAAUUUUUAUGUGAUCUAUACAUAUUGUUGGUAGAAAGGCUUUGUGAUGUUA